AUGUUCAAACAAUAUCACUAUUUCCUUGUUCUUCAAUAUGCUGUUGAUGAGAUCAACAAGAACCCCUAUUUGCUGCCCAACAUAACUUUGGGAUAUCAGUUACUCAAUAACUUCCAUCUGGAGAAACUAGCUGUGGAGAGCUCCUUAAUAUGGCUAUCAGGGAGAGGUCCCAUUAUCCCCAAUUAUAGCUGUGAUAAACAGUCCAGUUCGGUGGCUGUCAUUGGAGGGAUGUCCGCUACACUUUCCAUGGCCAUGGCCACCAUUCUCCAACUGUAUAAAGUUCCACAGCUCCACCACUUUCUGAAAUCCAUCAAUUCUGUCAAUAAUGCCAGUGAUGAGCCAUGUCAGGAUGGAGUCCAGCCAGCUGCAGAGACAUAUGAUAUACUGAAUUAUAAAUCCUUCCCUGGCCAGAUAGAGACGCUGGUCAAAGUGGGUGAAGUGUAUCCUCUUGCCCAGAGAUUCACCAUUAAGGAAGAAGACAUAGAUUGGCCAGAAGAUUUCCAUCAGACUCCAAUUUCUAGAUGCAAUCUGAAGUGUGGCCCUGGAUUCCAAAAGACAGCUCUUGAAAGACAGGCCAGGUGUUGCUAUGCUUGCAAUCCAUGUCCUGAAGGGACAAUUUCCAACCAGAAAGAUGCAGAGAAGUGCCUGCAGUGUCCUGAAGAUCAAUACCCAAAUAGGGAAAGAGAUCAUUGCCUCCCCAGGACUGUGACUUACCUGGCCUAUGAGGAACCUCUGGGAAUGACGCUGGCCUGUGUAGCCAUCUGCUUCUCCCUCUUCACUGUGCUGGUCCUGGGAGUCUUUGUGAAGCACAGAGACACCCCCAUAGUCAAAGCCAAUAACCGCAGUCUCAGCUACACUCUGCUGGUCUCCCUCAGCCUCUGCUUCCUCUGCUCCUUGCUCUUCAUCGGCCAUCCUACCACAGCCACCUGCCUGCUGCGCCAAACCACAUUUGCAAUUGUCUUCACAGUGGCCGUUUCCUCCAUUUUGGCUAAAACCAUCACUGUGGUUCUGGCCUUCAGGGCCACCAAACCAGGGAACAGGCUCAGGAGGUUCCUGGGAUCCACUGCAUCUUACUCUCUCAUUUUCACCUGCACCCUCAUCCAAAUGUGUCUCUGUGGCAUCUGGCUUGGGACAUACCCUCCCUUCCUGGAGAUGGACAUCCACUCUGAACCUGGCUCCAUUAUCAUCCAGUGCAACGAGGGCUCCCUCCUCAUCUUCUACUGUGUCCUGGGCUACAUGGCCUUGCUGGCCUUGGCAAGCUUCACUAUGGCUUUCCUGGCCAGGAACCUGCCAGAUACUUUCAACGAAGCCAAGUUCCUGACCUUCAGCAUGCUUGUGUUCUGCAGCGUCUGGAUCUCCUUCCUGCCCUCGUACCAGAGCUCCAAGGGCAAGGCCAUUGUGGCCUUGGAAGUCUUUGCCAUCUUGACCUCCAGUGCUGGGAUUCUCGUUUGCAUCUUUGCUCCUAAGUGCUUUGUGAUCCUUCUAAGAUCAGAACAAAAUACUCUGGGGAUACUUAAAAAGAAAGUUACUUCCUGA